AUGGCAAAGUGGAAACGGGAAGAGAGCGAGUGGUAUCAAAACCGCACCGCUACCUCAAUCAUCGACGCUUCCCAUUGCGAUCAGCUCGUUUCUGUUCAGGGUAACAGUGUAAGCAAAAGCAAAGAUCUUCGUACCGUCCCGUAUAUCCAAUCAUGCGACGAUUUCCACCGACGACGGACAAUCCAGGCCUACUUUGACAUCAACUGUUCUGGGCUCGAAGGUCUUGAAGAAACCGCUUUUGUUGCUAGUCAAACGGAGCCAAACCACGACGCUGGGAUCUACAAGGAAUUGGUUCGCCUAGGUGACGAAGCCUCUACUCUUCGAAAGGCCGUAGGUCAAGUCAACCCGGGCCAAGGUAUCAUUGGAUUUGUACUGCACACGACGUGUACUGAAGCCAAUGCGGUUUCACUCAAAUACACCGACUUUCGGUACAUCACACUCCCCAACUUUUUCUCUAUCUGCAUCAGUGCGGUCACCGACUCGGCGGGGCACAAGAGGGCACAAGAGGGCACUUCAAUGGAAUCGCCAAAUUCCGAGUUUCGAGCGUCUUUCGCUGGAAUGUCUUACAUCGGAGCCCUGUCAGGCUUCCUUGAGGAUGGAGCUUCGGAUGAAGACGGAGCGGGAGAACGGGGUGCUGAGAGAGAUAGCGAUGAUGAAGACGAUGAAGAUGAUGGCCUGGUCGGAUAUCUCGAAGAAGCAAAUGAGGAGUAG